AUGUGUCAAUUUGAUUUGGUGGCUGAAGUAGAACUAAGUGGUAGUGAAAAAUGUGGUCAAAUUGUUAUACAAAAGAAGAUUAAAGAUCCGGAUAAUGUAAUCGAUUCAAAGAAGUUUUCAAUGGCUAAGAAUUGUGAUUGUGAAGACCAGUUCAACACAACCGUCACUUUAAUGACUUCUUUCAAUACCUUUGAUUUCUUUAGUGAAGGCAUAUCUUUAGACUCGAAAACAGUCAUUGUUAAGGGUGUCAGUCCUAUAGAAGAUUGUCUUCAAUUAACAACAACUACAGAGUCUUCAGAGUCAUCGACGGAGUUGUCUUCAAUCACGACCACUACUAUUACUUCUGUCGAAGAAUCCGCCCAAACGACAGAACAAACAAUUAAUUCAGAGACAACUGAAUUGAUUGAAAACACGGAUCAGACAUUGAAUACAGACGUUAUAGAUCUGACACAUGAAACACAAUUGACAACAACCACAUCAACACCAACGACAACCACUGAAUGGAUUCCUUUGAGAAAUGACAGCGAAAAUGAAGUGCAAGUGAGUCCUGAAGAAGACGAGAACAUUGGAAAUGGUUUGAUAGGAAGACGUGGAAUCGGAAAUGGAGAUAUGCCAAACACCAAUCAGAUGCCAGUGUAUAUACCAAAUUCCGGUGCAUUUGGACAGCCCUAUCCACAAUAUAGACCCAAUGGAGGCUAUCCGACCCCUCCAUUGCAUUCAAGUCAACGAUAUAACGCACCGCAGUAUAGCUUUGAAUACCCACACACUCAGAAUGAAUAUAGUAAUCCUCAGUAUAGUCCCUAUAAUAAAGCACCCGGCUAUCUAAAUACUGGCUUCUUUCACGCUCAAUCCUUGCAAUACGGGGCCGGAAAGCCUCCUGCAUUAAACCCUAACUAUUAUUACUCAACUCAGAACAGACCAGUUGUGGGUCAACGGUAUAAACCGUCGCAAUUGAAUGCGAAACCAAUAUAUUACCCCUUAAGAAGGAAUUACAACUCUAAUUAUUCCGUUCCCUUCAACAAUGGAUAUAACGGACCGUCAAUGCCUUCUAUGAAUAACCGAUAUAAUCAACCCCACCCUCCACAACAAAACUCGCCGUAUGGAGGUUAUGGAGACAGUCUUCUUACUCACAGCCAUAUUCUAGUGGUUAUGGGAACUACAAUAGACCUCAAAGUUAUGUCAACACUCAUAUCAGUCAAAUCCAACCCUUAA